AUGCUUCUGCAAAAAAGACUCUCUUCGGGCCUUACUGCAACCCAUAAGGUUUUUGUACGCUCCAGACACGGAGGAUGUACGAAGAUCGUCAGAGAGCAUUAUUUGCGUAGCGAUAUUCCUUGCUACUCCAGACUUUGCAGAAUCUGUCCAGACUUGGUGAAACCAGAUGCCCAGGGUAACUUGCCUGAGUUUAUUUUAUCUGAGUCUCCCUUGAAGUUGAAGGAUGGCGUUGGUCAUUAUGUCAUUGUUGAUACCAAUGUGGUUUUACAGGCGAUCGAUCUUUUGGAGCACCCAGACUGUUUCUACGAUGUGAUUAUUCCACAGGUUGUGCUAGAUGAGGUGAAAAAUAGAUCUUUUCCUAUCUACCAGCGUCUUAGAGCGCUUGUGAAGGCUGCUGAUAAAAGGUUUGUUGUGUUCCAUAACGAAUUCAGGGAAGACACUUACGUGAGCAGAGAGAAGAACGAGACCAUCAACGAUAGAAACGAUAGAGCUAUCAGGCGAUGCGUUAAAUGGUACCACGACCAUUUGAACAAUAAAAAUAGCACCACGCCUGUUAAUAUUGUGUUCGUGUGUAACGAUAAGGAUAACAGAGAGAAGGCUGUUGCUGAGGGUUCCGAUGCUAGAUCUCUUGUUGAGUACAUUGAAAGCUUGCCUGAUGGAGAAGAGCUUCGGGACUUGAUUCCUACUGAGAAUGAGUCUUUCGAUAAGAAUGCCGACGAAGUAUCGUUCCCUGAGUACUACUCCACCUCCAGAACCAUGGCAGGUAUCAGAAACGGUACCUUGUACCAGGGUGUCAUGAACAUCUCCACAUACAACAUUCUAGAAGGGUCUGUGAGUACACCGGCUUUCAAGAAACCCUUGUUGAUUGUGGGUACGCAUAAUCUUAACAGAGCAUUUAACGGUGACCUUGUGAUUGUCGAAUUGCUUCCAAAGGAUAAAUGGAAGGAACCUUCUUCUACAAUUGUGGAGGAGAGUGCCAUUGGUGCUAACGAUAAUGCUGAAGAAGAAAACAAAGAAAGCAUUAUUUCCGAUAAGGAGCGCAGAGUGUUGGCGCAAGAGGCCGUCAAGGCUACCUCUGCUAAAGAGAAAAAGUUACAACCAACUGCCCGAGUUGUUGGUAUCACCAGAAGAUCCUGGAGAUUCUACGUUGGCCAAAUUGCUCCAUCUUCGGUUUCUGUUGAAGAAGAUACUGGUAACUCCUCCAAGACUUGUUUCGUUAUCUUGAUGGACAAGCUCCUUCCUAAGAUCCGUAUCAAGACAAGAAAGGCAAAGGACCUUCUAGGACAAAGAAUCGUUGUCACUGUUGAUGCAUGGCCUGCUGACUCCAAGUACCCACAGGGACAUUUCGUUAGAAGCUUGGGUGAGAUCGAAAGUGUUCAGGCCGAAACCGAGGCUUUGCUUUUGGAACAUGAUGUUGAAUACAGACCUUUCUCCAAAGCGGUCUUGGACUGUUUGCCCAAGGAAGGUGACAACUGGGUUGUUCCUGAGAAGUUGGACACCGACAGCCAAUUGAAACAAAGAGUUGACUUGAGAGACAAACUCGUUUGUUCGAUUGAUCCUCCAGGAUGUGUGGAUAUCGAUGAUGCUCUUCACGCUAAGCAGCUUCCUAACGGUAACUACGAAGUGGGUGUUCAUAUUGCUGAUGUUACUCACUUUGUGAAGCCUAAUACUGCUUUGGAUAACGAGGGUGCAUCUCGUGGUACUUCCGUGUACUUGGUCGACAAGAGAAUCGAUAUGUUGCCAAUGCUUUUGGGUACCAACUUGUGUUCCCUUAAACCAUACGUUGACAGGUUUGCCUUCUCGGUCAUUUGGGAAGUCGACGAAAACGCUAACAUCGUCAACGUGAACUUCAUGAAGUCGGUCAUCAAAUCGAGAGAAGCCUUCUCUUACGAAAGAGCACAGAACAAGAUAGACGACCCAUCGCAACAAGAUGAACUUACACAAUCCAUGAGAAUCUUACUCAAACUUUCAAAGAAGCUUAAACAGAAGAGAUUGGAUGCUGGUGCAUUGAACUUAGCUUCUCCAGAAGUCAAGGUCCACAUGGACAGUGAAACAUCUGAUCCAGGUGAAGUUGAAAUCAAGAAAUUGUUGGAGACAAAUUCCUUGGUCGAAGAAUUCAUGUUGUUUGCCAACAUUUCCGUGGCACGCAAAAUCUACGAAGCAUACCCACAGACUGCCAUGUUGAGACGACACGCUGCUCCCCCAGCCACGAACUUCGAGGAACUUAAUGAGAUGUUGAGAGUGAGAAAGAAUGGUAUGAAUAUUUCCUUGGAAUCGUCAAAGGCAUUGGCUGACUCUUUGGACCGUUGUGUUGACGACGAGGAUCCAUACUUCAACACUCUUGUACGUAUCAUGUCCACUCGUUGUAUGAUGGCUGCUGCAUACUUUUCAUCAGGUUCAUACGGUUACCCUGACUUCAAGCAUUAUGGUUUGGCUGUUGAUAUCUACACACAUUUCACGUCUCCUAUCAGAAGAUACUGUGACGUUGUUGCACACAGACAACUUGCGGGAGCCAUUGGUUACGAGAACUUGGAUUUGAGUCACAGAGACAAGGGUAAGAUGGAGUUGAUUGUGAAGAACAUCAACAAAAAGCACAGAAACGCCCAGUUCGCCGGCAGAUCGAGUAUUGAGUACUACGUCGGCCAAGUGAUGAGAAAUAACGAAUCUGACCAGGAAGGUUAUGUGAUCAAGUGUUUCAACAACGGUAUCGUUGUGCUCGUACCAAAGUUUGGUAUUGAAGGUUUGAUCAAGUUGGAGUUCUUGGGUGACGUGAACAGUGCUGAUUACAACGAAGACAAGUACGAGUUGACGUUUACGGACUUCAAUGGCAAGAGAAGAACCAUUGCAGUGUUUGAUAAGGUGACGGUCGAAGUGAAGUCUGUCAAGGAUGAGGUCAGUGGAAAGAGAAAGGCACAGUUGAGUUUGGCAUGA